UGUGCCGCUUUACGGCCACAUUUGUCGCGCUCAGUUGUGCUUCGGCUUUGUUGGCUUAAACGCGUACCACUUUUCGGAAAAGCGUUUUUGUCUAUCGGUUAUUGGCGGCAUGUGCGUACGCGACUUAACGUCUAUCGCUUUUUGAAUUUACUUUUAUUUCAUUUCCCUUUCGUGGCUUAUUCUGCUUGCUUUGUUUGAUUUUUGUGUUGUGCGAUUUUCCGUGCUUAAUAAAUUUAUUUCAAAAAUGCCUUCAUGCCACAACGCAAACUUAUAUAACGAAGCAUAACAAAUUUUACACAAAUUAAAACGUAAAAAAAAUUGUUUGAAAUAUGGUCGAAAGUGUAAACUACAAAAUACUAGUAGUUGAGUUCAAAGUGCCAACGUGGAUGUGAAAAUAUUGAAAAUUAGUGGAAGCAAACUGUGUGUAAACAGCGUGAAUAUAUGCAAAGCGUAUAAAAAUAUUAUUUAAAAAAAUUACCAGGUAGUUAGUUAUGAUGUGAUCUAAGCAACAGCGGGCAUGUGUUUAGUAAGGUCUGUGUAUGCAAAUGAAGGUUGGAAAAAUACGAGUAGUUAGAUACAAUGCUGCGAGCUUAAAGGCAAUAAAACGAACAAAUAAUGAGUUAGAAGAAUUUCUACAAGUUUCAGAAAGUGAAAUCUACUAAUACACUCACAAAUACAAUAUAUUAUGAAAGUUAUAUAACGUAAGCAAAUAGAAGUGAAAAAAUGAAAUAACACAAGUUGUUUUCGAAAGCUUUUAUAACUUUUCACUUCCAUCGUUGCUGCUGCUAGAAACUGCGAGAACAAAGCAAAGAAAAAAGAAAAGAAAAUAAUUCAAAACGCAUAAAUAACCAAAGCAGCAAUUAAGAAAAUACGAAAUAAGUAGACAACAAAACUAUAAAAACAUUCACCAACAUUACACAACACUACCGAACAUGUCCGAUAACGGUGAACAACAAGCGCCCACACAACCGACUACCGUCUCACAUCCACUGCAGGAUAUCGCCUUGGAUGUGCCGGACGAUGCUGCCGGUGGCAAACAAAACUGGGUUAAAUUCGAUGAUGACGAGGCGGCCCAUAAAAAUGCCAACAACAAAAGAAACACACACAGUGACGAUAACAUAGGCAAUGCCACACGCAUUAGCCCUAUCACCGUCACUAGCAGCAGCCGAGACGCGCUGGCAGCAGAACCAGCAACGUCGAUGCCAAUUCCGGCAAACCGGUCAGCCCCCUCCGCUCUACUACCAGCGCCGCCCAGUCGUAAGCAAACAUCUGUCGCUAACGCGUCAAUACCAAUAACAACGGCAACAACAGCAGCCAUAGCGCGACCACGCUCACCACUCAGCGGCGUAGAGAGUGCGAGCGGUGUCGAAGCGAUCGUGUCAGCAUCAGCACCUGUUCAGCGCGCACCAACAAAAACAACGGUUUCCGUUGCUUCACCUCCAACGCCAGCGCCGGAUGUAGCACCCGCUGUUUUAAACACGGAGAGUACGCAUGUCAAUUUGAAUGCUUCCGGUCGUUCGCAACCGAAACUACAACAACAUCACACACCCACUGCACAGCCAAGCGGGCAACAGCUACAACAUCAGCAGCAAAAGGCUAAAUUGUCACCGUCAAAUGUUGCUGGCGUCGCAAGUGCUGGCCAUUUACAGCAGCAGCAACUGCAUCAUCACCAACAACAGCUACAACAACAUCAACAGCAUUAUCAAAAUAACAAUGGCACAUCGCCAUCGAAUGGUAGUAGCCAUAAAGUGGCAGCAACAACAACGGCGGCAACAACAUCGAACGUAUCAAUACCCGUCGAAACGGUGCCACCGAUGCGUACCAUUGAACUGUCGACGGGUCGCAUACGUGAAGGUUUCGCGAAUGGCGAUGUUAUUGUCACUUUGUUACCUGCCAACACUAAGUGGCCAUGGGUAACGCCAGCUAUAUUCCGUCCUGAACUUGUACCCGAAGAGCUGAUGGCGCAAGGUCUAACCCUCACCGUCGAAGAGUACGUCAACGCCAUGGAGACAUUGGUCAACGAUUACCGCUUCACCGUCUACAACAUCUGCUACAAGCGUAUACUCGUCUGCUGGAUUUUGUUAGCCUUCACAGUAUUGCUAACAUUGCUCUUCUCCGGCCUACAGGGUGUGGCGCUCUUCUCGCUAGGCGUUGGUUGGCUCUUUCUUAAUGCGGCCGCUAUUUUCCUCUGCAUGUGGGUAAAACUUCGCCUGUCACGUGGCCUGGAGAAAUGUUUGGCGCGCGUCAAUCGUCAGCUAAUGAAGCAUAAAAUUCUACUCAUACUCGACGACCGUGGACGCAUCUCAUGCCACAAAGUAAACUUGUGCUUCAUGUAUUUCGAUGCGACACAAUGUGUUAGUUUCCUGAAUGAAUUUCUCGAACACACCGAACAAAAUGGUGGUGAGGCUAUCAAGGCGGGUUGGGAGCGCAAAUUAGAUAUUGAUGUGAAUGAUAUUGUCAUACAGGGCAAUAAUCCGGUGCGUUUGUCGCGCAAGCAGGUUGUAGCACAGGAGCUGUUCCUCAGCUAUUUGCAACGUUGGGGCAAGGAUUUUCUGCGUCGCCGCUUGGACUGGACCGUGCAGGAGGCGGGCGUGCACGAGACACCACGCCAUUUGCAAUCGUCCAUAUGCCCGUGUCAGUACGAGGAGGAGCUGCUGCGCAACAAAAUCAAAAUACAAUUGCGAGGCAAGCAGUGCUGUGGCAUUAAUUGCAUUGGUUGCUGGCUUUAGGAGCGCUUGAACAACUGCGCAAGCAACGAAAGCAAAAGCGUGUUGUUGUUGAAAUGCAAGUGGGCGCAAAACUUGAAAUUGUGCAAAGGCAUAUUUAAUAUUUAUUAUUUGUUCUCAUUGAACAUAGGCGUAAAAUAAAAAAAAAAAAAUAUUAAUAAUAUUUUUGUAUAAACUCUGUUGGCUUUCAGUAAAAAAUUAUUAUGCCCCCUUUCAUAAGUUUAAGUUUGUAGAAAACAACACCAAGCAAUUAUAUUUAACAUUGUGGCAUAACUACUUAUAAAAAAUGUUAUAAAUAAUAAUAAUAACAACAACUGCAUUGCUGUAUUAUAAAUUAUAUAUAUAUAUAUAUAUUUAAUUAUUUACAUUUGUUAUUUUCAAAAAUGUCUAUAACAUAUUUGCACGAUUCACAUCACACGAUUAGAACCUUAAUGAUCGUAUUACUAACUAAAGCUUAAUUAAUCUUAGAUAGUUUGAACCUCAGAGGGAAAAAUUAAAAGCCUGUGCUUUCAAAGCAGCCACACGUACACCUAAAAGGUGUAAGGACAGAUACGUACCAAUUUCAAGGCGUCUUUAAAACGACUAGACAAGCUGAAAGCAACAAAAUUAUAUUACGGUCAAUCAACUGUGCUUUCUAAAAAACACAGUUCAACCAUUACUAAAAUAACAAUGAAGGCAUACUGAAUUGGCUGAAAAGUCUGACACAGUACAAUUUUUGAAGAAAAAAUUUAUUAUUUUUCGAUACGCGAUAGCUUAUGGCGCUAAAAAGCAAGAUCCUCACUCACGGCCUUCUUUGUGGAGAAUACCUAAAAAAAUUCUCAACUAGUAGCUAUUGUCCGCAAAAUGAGCUACGAUCGGGAAAAAAUCAAAAAUUGACAAAGUAGCGGCGUUUAAAAAAAGUUGAAUUUUAUUCAAAUUUUGGUAGUUUUUGGCUUGCUAAAAUUGGUCAUUAUACUUGUAGUAGACUAUAUACAGUACAAGCAAAAAAUUACCAAAUCAUUUGUCGCCAAGUAAUACCUGCAGGAGUUUCGAAAAAUGCUGUUUCGGAAAAACACGUUCAAAGAUAAACGUAUUACUUACAUUGACUAUUGACUAAACUAUAAUUUAAGAGCCUGUAACUCAAAAAAUAUUUAAAAUAUUCAUAUAAAAUUUUAGCAUGUUAAUUUUAAAGCGUAUACUAUCGGUGUAUGCAAGAAUUAAAAAUUAAAAUUUUUUCGAAAUUUCACACUACGUGUGCCACUUAGGUAUAUUAUAUACAAGCACAAAUAAUGAACUUCGUUACACAUGACAGAAUAACGCCUUAUGACAUCAUGAAAAUUCGAGAUAUUUGGUUGAGGGACUUUAUCGGCAUCUCAAAGAAAUAUCGAUCAAAAAGACAACCGUGAAAAAAGCGUGACAUACGACGUAUAAAUUAAAGGAAUUGCAUUAUGAACUAGUCGCCCAUCCAUCAUGUUCAGCGGAUUUGGCUCCAGUGAUAAUUUUUUCUUUGCUGUACUCAAAAAGUGAUGUAAUAUUGCACUUAAAACGCCUAUUUGGAAGGUAUCCAAGCUUCACACUAACAAACCUGUGACGAAUUGUUGACCAUUACAACAAAUUCGGAAAAUGUAGUCAUAUUUUUUUUAUUCAAAAAACUUUCGAGUUUAAUUAUAAAAAGUUUUCGGCUGUAUAACUUUUUUUUCUUAGUUAAAUAAAAAUAAGGUUUCAAAAAUAUUAAUAUAUAAUAUCAUAUAAUGGCUUUUCCAACGCUGUUUUCAGCUCUUAUAAAAAAUAUGUGUUAAGACGGUUCUUGAUCAUUUGGUUAGUUAUUAGCUCUUUACAUUAAGAACCCUUAUAUGAAAGAUCAUAAAGCACAACUUAAAAAUUAUAUAUCUAUGAGAAGUGGGCGUGGGCUUGCCUUCUAUAUAUUCCCUUUAAAGAUUUGUAUAAAUGCAGUAAUUUAUAUACGCAAAUUGUUUGCAUUGGAGAAAUCAAUUUGAUUGAAAGAAGCUAAGAGCAAUUGCUGUUGUGAAAAAAUUCUUAAAUGAUAUACAUUAAUAGUUGAAACGUGUAAAAAGUUGUAUAUAACAUACUACUUUAUGGUACAUAUAAACAUACUAUACAUUUUGUAAUAAUCACUAUUUGCGUUCUAAAUAUUCUGACAAUUGUAUAUAUUCGCUUAAAAUAAAUAAAAAAAUAUCUGCAAUCAA